AUGCUUCUCUUCCGCGAUGUUGCGCUCAGGCUCUCGCGCGAUUCCGACGUCUAUGAUAGUCUUCCUUGGGAUUUUGUCCAGGACUACAUACACCUCGCACGUGCUCUCAAGGAUGAGAUAGCGCUUGGACUGUCUGCUCAUGGUCAUCAGUCUGGACUUGUCCCUGCCGCCUUGCCCCUCUAUGUGCAUGAGUUUCUCAGGGAUGCUCUGCAAUCUGAUGACCUUACCAUCUUCCACUGCUGGACAGCCCUCCGUGAUAUUAUCUGGCAUAUGCCACUGGUCAAACUCACUCCUGAGCAUCAACAUCUCUUCUACCGGUAUGGCUGUAGAGCCGGCUGUCAUAAGAAUGAGCGUCUUGGUAACUCUUAUCCAUUGCAUGCUGCCGUGUACUUCUCAUGCAGCAGUGGCGCAUAUGCUGCUUAUUCCUCAUCUCUCGCAUGCACAGUCUGUCACUCACGAUAUUAUCACAACUACUACGUCAAGGAUGGCUGUCGGAUCUACUAUGGAGGCAAUGUGGACGUCGUCCACUUUGAAGAACAUUUCUUCAUGGAUCACAACCUAUGUGAGCUCUUCAUUUCACUCAUGCUCUUUUCCUGGUGCCCCCAUACAUGGAACCUGAAUCUGACUUUGAGCAGCGAGCAGGUUUGGCACGCAUUUUAUGUGAGCUGUGUUAUCCGGGAUCACGCCUCUCGAGGCGCCACUCUCGUUCUUUCCAACAUCGGAGAUCAUAACUCAAGGCUCAAAGAAGUCCUCGAAGCGCGAAAUCUGCGGAUCAUUGAGAUGGGGCAGCCAGAGCGGUCUCAUGCCUGCAAAGCAUGUCCACUUCGCGCAGCCGUCAUGGAUGGAAUCACUCUCGGCCAUCCUUGUUGUUCCAUUCACAACUGCACCCAACCACUGAUCAACAACCGAGCGCACUUCUGUUUGAUGCACGAAUACAUGAAAUACGAGUGCAGCGUUACAGAUUGCAACGCAAUCAUUCCGAGCUUGGAGUACCAGGCUGGAUUCCGUACGUGCUCUGAUCCAGACCACCGCGAUUUGGAGCGUUCAAAGAGGGAUCGUCAGAAGGCUUUCUUCCAGUUGAGGCGGCUUCUGCAAAAGCAAGGUAUCGUGCAGCCGGCAGACUCAAUGGACAGCGGCACGUCUAUUGCUGAGCCUCCAGAAGAUGAACCCUGUGACGGUAAGCCUGACGAUGGCAAUCAAGUGCCAAAGAUCCGACUCGGGCGACGACGCACUCACAACGAGCAGCUCAUUUUCUGCUGCUGUGGUGUUAUCGCAGCGCGCGCAACAAUGUUCGGGGCAGAGUCUAUCACAGGUGCUAAGGAUUUUGUCAAGUCCGUUUGCGGAUUCAAAGCAGAUAACAUGUGGGACAUCCUAUUCUUUGACAACAACUGCGGACUUCAGGGACACGUUCGAACGAAUGAAGAAGAUUCGGAGUUCUUCCGUCGAACUAUCCUCUGUGUGGAUGUAUUCCACUUCAAGUCCAAGCACAAGACUACCGACGAGUUCUGUCAGAAGCAUUGCAACCCGGCAAUGUGGACAGAGUUACACGACGAUGCGGGCAAGUGGCAUUUCAACUCCUCUGCGGCGGAACAGGGCAACGUAUGGCUUGGAGGUUACCAGGCGAUCGUACGAGAUAUGCUUCCACAUCGAUAUAACUUCUUCUUAGACGAGAUGAUCAUGCGUCGUAACGAGGUCACAAUCAGGAAGCUUGAGGAAUCGGGCAUGGUGCCUUAUCAUGUCCCUAGGUAUUAA